AUGAGUAGUCAUUCUACUGUGGAGCCCUUGAACGACGAAAUGCACGUGCAAGAGCCUGAUCAAGAGCAAGUAAAAGAGUGUCAGGAUCUCGAGUUGUGGUGUUUGAUCAUUGGAAUGGUUGGGACAGCAUUUCCUGUACGUGUCAAAGCAACUGACCGCGUUUGGGAGCUACAGAAAACAAUCAGGAACGAGGCCGUAGAAAUUUACGGAGAUUAUAACGCGGCUGAGUUACGGUUGUUUCUGGCCAGGAAAGAUAAUGGUGAGUGGCUCACAGCUACAGAAGUCAAGGAUAUUGAGAACGGGAACAUGGAGAUGGCUCAACCCUUGAUGGACAGAGGUCACCUGUCGUCGAUGAGCCCAUUGGCUGACAUCUUCCAGGACAGUGACACGAAAGCUGUGCACGUAUUGGUACCUGCUCCUCCCAUGACGUCGGAGAUACUGGUGGAAACGGGUAUCGUGGGCAAGAGAAAACGACUAAAGGAAUUGAUUGAAGAUGUGGAGACCAUGGCAGUCUUAGAAGAGGAGCUGGAGGUCCUUUUUGAUGUGUUGGGGCAAAAGAUACCGAAUGCCGACCAGCCAAUGGAUACGACGGCGUUGAGCGAGUGCUGCAAAGGGUAUGGUGGAUUUCCGUCGUCGUAUUUUGCACGAAAAGAGGAGCUCAUGCUUUGGAAAUUGGUCAUGCCGGUUAUGUUAAAGCAAGGCACACAAGUUGUGAUCUCAGGCUCAGCAGGCGUGGGUAAAUCAUGUUUUCUUAUGCUUGUGAGCUUCUACUUGGCGUUUGUUGAAAAGCGAAAGGUUUUAGUCGUUCGACGUUUGAAGAACUUUUCCAGAGCAAACGCUGUGAUUUUUCUCAACAGUGAAAACAAUGCCUGUAUUAGGAAAGCUAACCUGAGCGCUGCAAAGCUUUCAUCACUUCCUGACAACAAGGAAUUCCAGGACUCUUUGAUAUGCCUUGACGGCUUUUCCCGCAAAGAAGUUGACCAUGAAUUUAGUCGUCUUCCCUUUCAGCUGCUUUCGGCAUCAGUGAAUGACACGAUGAACUUUGAUGACUCAACUUGUGAACUGAUGCUAUCAGGGUGGCAGUAUGAUGACCUUCUUCAGUAUGCUCAGUCGACUUUGGAUGCAUGGAAAAAAUCAACGGGGCUUAUUCAGGAAAAACAUUAUGACACAGCUGACCUCGUCAAGGAUCAUUACUUUUACAGUGGAGGGAGUCUUCGCGAUUUCUGCAAGAGUCGUGAGUAUGUUAAGAGUGGAGUAGAUGAAAUUUAUAGCACUCUGAAAAAAGUCCAGACACUUGAUUCGGAAGUCGUUGACCCACAGCUUAGUGUGUUGUUCGACCGGAUUCGGCGAUACUACGUUGUCGAUUCAUCCAACGAGAAGCACUAUGUGUUAUCAAGCCACUGGAGAGCUCAGAUGGAUUCUGGGUAUGCAUUGAAACGGAUAGGUCGUUUUAUACAUUGGAAAAAACACCUUGACCACUACCAGUUUGCUCAACAGGUCAGAGCUGAGUUCUGGAGCUCGAUAUAUGAACAAUGCUUCCAUGACGCUGUUCGUCGGUCGACGCACGAGUCUCCUUUGCAGAUGAUAAACAUCAUUGUUAACUCAAGCCCGUCAUAUUCGAACCAGAAAUAUGACCGUAUCGCGAUAUGUGGUCGAUAUGUCAAAUGUGGGGGUGCGACGGAGGAAGAAUGCUACAAACACCUAUCAGCACUUUCUUCGAGAACGUAUUGGCAUCCCGACGACGUGGACUUUCCUUUAGUCGACGCGGUAGUCAUGUGUGACGCCGUGCUAAGAGGAAGCAAUGUGAAGGAAUCGAUUCUGGCAUUCAUCAGCAUAACUGUUAGCAAUUCGAAAAUCUUCAAGCCAAGCAUCUGGAAAAGGUUCAACAGGGUGCUUGAUGACAACGACAGAAUUCCCAAGACUAUUCCACGUAUAUUUGUGGUGGUAGGACCAAAUGUCAGUACAUGCAAGCGCUUUUCCUUGAUCGAUGCUCCUGUGUCAGACGAUUUCAUGGCAUUUAUAAGACAAGCCUGUCCUAUUGCAGACGGUAAUCAACAAAUCACAGACGUUACGUCCGCGAAAAAGCAGGAGAAAGCCAUUAAAACGACCCCUUUAGCGCUGAUUGAUGCAACCGAGACGAAAGACAAGGCAACACAGCCCGAGACAAGUCCUGGAACGAAUACUAUGGACCAAAGUAGUAUGGUGCAGAUGAAUGCAGAGACCCAGCAGCAAACAAAGAGUGUGGAGAAUGGUAAACGUCGUAAUCGCCGCACGAAUAUGAAGAAAGUAAAAUAUGUGGAAGAAGAUGACGUAUCGGAGGAAGAAGAGGCUAUUUUGGCUGAUAAAAAGAAGCAAGCACAACAACUUGAUUAUCAAUUGAGAACAGACGGAAGUUAUCCACAGCUGGACCAGAUAGUUGGUCGACGGAUGAAUAAGUCGACAGGAUUGGUGGAAUACUUGUGCAAGUUUCUCGGACGUUCGUACUUGCAUUUGUACUGGCUUACGUUUGACGAGGUAGAGCUCUUUAUUCCAAAAGGUUAUCAAAAGUUCCAUCGCGUACAAGUGUACGAUCGAAAGCUGAGACGCGAUGGAUAUCAACCACUGGAUGAAGUAGAUGAUUUGGAGGCAAACAAACUUAUGGUUGAAAAGAUCUUGAGCCACAAGGUGGACCCAGCUGAUCAUUUGGAUGAACAAAUUGAGAAGCAUCGACGCCAGCUCCUGUACAAACCAAAGUUUCCACGUAUGACAGAUUAUUUUUUGAUGAACAAUGCUGACGCCAUUCCUGAGCGAAUGCUAGGUAUCGUGACAAAGUUGAUAAAAGAACCUGGCGGUGACAUUUUUGAACACCCGGUAGAUGUUGAAGAGAUUCCCGACUAUCUUAAUGUCAUCACGAAUCCUCUCGAUCUUAGGACGAUUUCCACGAGGAUUGGUCGAGAAAGUUACUACAUUGGCUCAUCAGCCGUGUCAUUAUUUGCUUCAGACGUACGAUUGGUAUUUUGCAACUGCAAAGCGUACAACGCCGAGGGAUCAGUCAUCUGGGGUGUUGCUGAUGAGCUUCUGCGCCGCUUUGAAAAGUGGUUGUACGAUUGGAUUCUUUCCCCAACGGCUUGGCUGAAGCUACCAUCUGCAGGAUACACACAAGAAGACCGACAGCUCCAGAAAGAGUUUCGAGCUGAAGCUAGUAGCUUUUAUGACAGGUGGGCGCCUUGGCAGACCGGCUGUUCUGUUUGCGGGAGCAAUGAUCACAGCGAGGAGCUUUUGCUAUGCGACCGAUGUGAUGGUGAGGUUCACAUGUACUGCAUCACCCCAGAAAUCACGGAACUACCCGAUGGUGAGUGGUUUUGCGGGUACUGCCGAGCAUGCACAAAGUUUAUUGAGAAGAUGGAAAAGGCUACACAGGCUCGUGUUGACAGGAAGGUUAAAACUAUUGAAUCAGGUGUUCCCGCUGGAGUAUCAGGAUAUGCUACACCUAUAACUUCAAAUAUGACGACAACUUCUUCAUCAAGCCAAAAAAAAUCUGCCACGUUGGUGCACACGCCAAGUGUUCUUAUGGAACGCGCAGAUGGUGAAGGUAAAGUUAACAAAAAAACGUCCAAGCGCAGCCCCAAAGGUUGCAAUUCAACAAAGAGCUUAGCACCAAUCAGCAUAAAAGAUCGUGCUGCUACGCUCUUUCUGGUCAAGUGGGUUGGUAUGUCGGUUCGUUUCUCAACUUGGGAACGUCCUGAGGAUAUUGGUGACGAUGAACAAAUUCAAAGAUAUUUUAGGUUCAGCCGUGUGCCCAGUGCGAACGAGAUCCAAGAAACUACGUGUCAAUUGCCGUGCUGUGCAAAAAGGCACCAGUUUGCGUUAGCAAAUCACUCAAGUGGGAAGAAAUGCUGUGAAAAAGACCGCUUUUGUACUCUAGGAUAUGGCCACGAAAGCAAUUGCUCUCGUAGUAUCAAAACUAUGGGAGGGACCUAUGGCAGCAGCGCGUAUCAACACUUGCAUAUGGCAGAGCAAGUGAAGGCACAAUUGUUCGCUUUACAUUGCUUGCUGAACAAUCACACACCGGACAACGAUGUUCUCAAGCAGUGUGGUGUAUAUACUAACGCAUUUGUCAUCACAAAAGAGUAUCUGACACCUCUUGUCCUCAAAGAAGAUGAUGAUGAAGAUUAUUCGGAUGGAGAUUCAUCUGAUGAUGAUGAUGCGAACUUUGAUGCAGACCAACCGAAUCGGGUUGCUUGUUAUCGAGCAUCUUUGACCCUUGAGAAUGGUUACAACGAAGGCGAUGAUGAGGCUGGACGUCACAAAAAGAAAAUUGGAGAAGAGGUUGGAAUAGUACUUAGCUCUCUCGUUGAGCACGUUGCUCUUGGAUACGCUACCAAACUGGAGACCGUCAGUGCUGAAUUUCGGCAUGACUCGACAUAUCCAGGAACAGCUUUCAAUGAUCUACCAGCCUUUUCAGAGUUUCGCGUCGUUCUUAGUCGAUCACCAUUCGGCCUAGGUAUGCGUCUUGGAAUCAGCGUAACCAAUAGCGUGUCAGUUCUGGGAUUCCAAGUUCUUGCAAAUGGUAUGAUGGGUCCUGCCCAAGCAUCUGGAGUUAUCUCAGCUGGUGAUGUGCUUGUAGCUGUAAACAAUAUAUCCGUCGCGGGCCUUUUGUUUCAAGACGUCGUUGGGUUGAUCAGCGCGUCUCCUGACCAGAUUACCUUCCACUUCCAUUCCGCUAGACCCGCGUUCAUGUACCCCUCGUACUGCCAAGCAAAACAAGUCACGAAGAUUCGCUUGGAUAAGAUUCCAGAUGAUGCGGCUCCAGGAAACACCAAAUUUGCAGACUUUAGUUACAACGAUUAUAAACAAAUGCUCAAAGUUGGAGUUACAGACCUGGAUGUGGCGUCACAAGCGACGAGACGUUGA